AUGUAUGUGUCUGGAAAAUUUCAGAAAAUAAGUCCGCUAAAGGAGCCCUCCACUGAUGGCGUCUUGGUUCACAACUUGUCCUCCCAUCGUUUCACUCAGCAACAACUAGCCAUUCUAUCCUAUGACGCAAAGUUCAGCACAAGAGAUGCUCGACCAAAAGACUUUAUUGCAUCCUUCGAAUCGGCGCUCCAGAAGUGCGAGGCAGGCGAGGAGUGCAAAAACGCCAUGCGACAACAAGUGUCGACUUUACUCCUUCAACAUAAACGCCAGAUGACGAUUUCUAAGGCAGAAGAUCGAGAACUUCUGAAAAUACGAAGACUAGAGGAUAUUGUCACUCUGCCCGCCGACAAGGGGCGCUCUACUGUCGUCAUGGAUAAGGCUGAGUACUGCAAAAAACUGGGCAACCUCUUGAUGGUCAAGGAAGCCUAUGCGCCAUCAACUGUCAGCGAGUUCAAAAAGCUCGUUAAUAGCAUAAACAAGACGAUCGGCAAGCUGAGGAAGGUGGGCGCUCUUACUAGAAGGGAAGCGCUGGCCGCAAAAGCCAGUGAUGCCGCAAUGGCGCGCUUCUACGGCCUACCAAAGGUCCACAAGCCGGGAGUGCCGCUACGCCCCAUCGUCUCCUUACGUGGUACCCCCAACCUUUGGGCUGUCAAAGUGGCUGUACCAGCGACUUUGUUUCCUUACCAAGGAUUCAGAGUGGACAGUGAAGUCGGUUGAAGAGUUUUUGGUGCGCAUCAAACGUCUGGAAGUGGAGGCAGAUGAGGUGAUGGUGUCUUUUGACGUGAUCUCAUUAUUCACCUCCAUCCCACACGCGCUGGCUAUCGACACUAUUGACGGUUUUCUCCGGGAAAAGUAUGAUGAGACCGAUCAACAGCUCAAACGAGUUCACAUCAUCGAGCUCCUAGAACUAUGUCUUAAGACGUUCUUUACAUUCAACGGCCAGGUCUACGAGCAAAAGAAGGGGACACCGAUGGGCUCGCCUCUAUCUGGAUUAAUUGCCGAAGCGGUUUUGCAGAGGCUUGAGCGGCUGGUCUUCAGCUCGUACCCCCCAAAAUUCUGGGCCAGAUACGUCGACGACACUUUCGUUAUCAUCAAAAGGGGUGAUGUGCAGGCUUUCAAGGCACUGUUGAAUUCAAUCUUUCCCGAUAUCCAGUUUACCAUGGAAGAAGAGCUCAACAAUCAGCUAGCCUUCCUUGACGUACAAGUGACAAAGCUGGAGGACGGGAAGAUAAGGACAACGGUCUACCGUAAGGCAACUAACACCAGGCGAAUCCUCCACUUCAAGAGCAACCACCCCGUUGGUCACAAACGCAGUUGUGUCAGGACCCUCUUCCAACGCGUUCAAACACACUGCAGCGACGACAAUGGGAGGAAGUAG